UUUCCUGGAUUCUGCUCAUGUAGCAACACACUGCAGCUCCUCGCUUGCAAAAGGAAGGACUGGAAGGCAUGGAGGGGUUCUUAAGAUGUGAUGAGAGACAAAGACUAGCUAAGGAACGACGCGAAGAAAGAGAAAAGUUUAUGGCUGCACGAGAGCAACAGUUCCUGGAGAAGCAGAAAAGAGCCAAACUCCAGUAUGAAAAGCAGAUGGAAGAACGAUGGCGCAAGCUAGAGGAACAACGGCGCAGGGAGGACGAGAAGAGGGCUGCCGUGGAACAGAAGAGGAGGCAGAAGCUCCGGGAGGAUGGGGAGCGGCUGGAGGCUAUGCUGCGCCGGUCCCUGGAGCGCUCAAGGCAGCUGGAGCUGAAGAAGAGGUGCUCAUGGGGAGGAGCUUCAGCAACUCCAGCAGUCUGGGGAGGAGCCUCGCCAGCAGCCUGGGGAGGAGCCUCGCCAGCAGCCUGGGGAGGAGCCUCGACAGCAGCCUGGGGAGGAGCGUCCCCGGCAGUCAUCGUCGGGGUUGGAGGACGUGAGGGUGAAUCAGAAAAUACUCCACCCCCUCCUCUAGGUUUAGCGGCCAGCACCCCUCCUCCGGAUCCAGAGACCCCUGCUGCCUCCGAGUCCACCAAUGGUAUAUCCGAGCAUCACCAUGCCAUGGCAUUUUGUGAUGACUGUACUGAUCAUCAUCCUCCAUCACCAUCAUAUGAGAAACUUUCCACAUCAAGUAUGAAUUUACCAAAGCAGAUGGAGCCUCCUAUGAAUAAGCGGCUGUCAUCAUCCACCGCAGCAAUAUCUUAUUCUCCAGAGCGAGCUCCUGGCAUGCCAGUUAUUUUCCCGGAAAACUUAGGCGUUAGGCGUCUGUCGGCGCCCACACAGGCUUCUUUAUCCAGAAGCAGAAGUGCAAUCCCAUUCACUAAGCAGUUCAGUGGCUCAGCUACCGGCAGCCCUGCUCAAUGUUCCUACAAGUCUUCACCAACUCGAACCAUCGCAAAGAAGAAGUCCUCAUCCACAUCUAGCCGAGUCAAUGCUGGGAAAGGAACCCUUAUAGGACCGGAGGUCUCCUGGAUGGAGAUGGAGAAGAUGAAGAGGGAUUCACAAGCAACAACUUCUUUUUCCAACACGAGCCUCGGGUCCCCUGUGAAAAGAUACAAUUCUCCCGUAGACCUUUCUAAGAGAUCAUCUUCUCCCGGGGCUUGCAGAGCCACUGCCAAAGGAUUCCCACUGUCUCCAAAGAAUGUGAAGGUGCCAUAUCCGGAGUCUCCUGUGCAGAACCGCGUAGCCACCCUUUCCGGCCAGGAAACACCCAAGAAGAAAGCUGACAAAGAGAAGAGCAACAAGGAACGGGAAGGGGCCCUGGCUCAGCAGGCAGCUGGCCCACUCAGGGUGGAAGCCUCGGAGAAGCGCCUGGUGGAGAAGCAUGCCUCUGAGAAGAACGUGGCUGCAGGAGGGAAGGCCGAGAGCAGCGCAGCUUCAGGGAAGCCUAUUGCAGGUACCACCAAUGCAGGAGAGGCCGCAAAGAUCCUGGCAGAAAAGAGACGCCAGGCCCGGCUGCAGAAGGAGCAGAAGGAACAGGAGAGGCUGGAAAAGAUGGAGCAAGACAGGCUGGAGAGAGAGGAACAGGAAAAAAAGGAAGAGGAGGAAAGACUUCACCUAGAAGAGGAAGCCCGUAAGCAGGAAGAGGAAAAGAAGCGGCAGGAAGAGGAAAAGAAGCGGCAGGAAGAGGAAAAGAAGCAGCAGGAAGAGGAAAAGAAAAGACUGGAGGAAGAGGAGGCCAAGAGGAAGGCCAAAGAGGAGCAACUGUUGAAAGAAGAACAAGAAAAGGAAAAACAAGAAAAAGAAAAGCAAGAAAAAGCCAUGAUUGAAAAGCAGAAGGAAGCAGCAGAAGCAAAGGCCCAGGAGGCAGCUAAACAGAUGCGUCUAGAAAGAGAACAAAUCAUGCUGCAGAUUGAACAGGAGCGACUGGAGAGGAAGAAGAGAAUAGAUGAAAUCAUGAAGAGAACAAGAAGGAGUGACGUGUCUCCGGAAGUGAAGAAAGAAGACCUGAAAAUAGAGCUCCAGCCUGCUGUGUGUAUGGAAAAUAAGCUGGAACCAGUUGUCCCGAACAAAAUAGAAAUCAAUGGAUUGAGCACCUGCCAGGAAGUUAACAGUGUGGAGCGUGCUGCCCCAGCAACUUUCCCCCGAGACAGUUGCUCCAGUGGGCUUAAACCAGUUGAGGCACUUGUUCAUCUGGAUGCCCUGGAUGGGAAAUCAAACAGUCUGGAUGACUCAACUGAAGAAGUUCAGUCGAUGGAUGUGAGUCCUGUUUCAAAAGAAGAGCUUAUCUCCAUCCCAGAAUUUUCACCAGUGAGUGAAAUGAUUCCUGGGAUGUCUCUGGACCAAAAUGGAACUGGUAAUGCCCGAGCUCUUCAAGAUCUCUUAGAUUUCACCGGCCCCCCCAUGUUCCCCAAGAGAUCCAGUGAAAAUCUCAGCCUGGAUGACUGUAACAAAAACCUGAUCGAAGGAUUUAACAGUCCCAGCCAAGAAAGUACUCUGAACACCUUCUGUUGACAAAUACAGCAUCUCUUUAAUGAAAGGUGGCGUUUAGAGAAGCCAUGAAGCUGCUGGCCAUGAGAUCCAAGCUGCCAGCCCUUGGAAGGAGCUCCUGUCGUCCCUAACCACUGGAUUCCAAAUCAUUAAAUCGAGAUGUAAUUGUAUUCCUAGUUAGUAUAUCAAACACUGGCCACUCUUGGUAGAAACCUUGCGAAGUUGGCCUUGUCGGGCUUUAGCGACAUUUCAUGUUACGGUUCUAUUUAUGAGCUUCGGCUGCUGAUAAAGUGCUUACUAUACUAUUUACUCUAUUAUCAUAGUGAUCAUCCGAAACCAAUGAGUCAUUCUAGCUGGGAAAUUCACCUUGUAACCAUUCUUAUUCCCAAAGUUGGAGCACAUAAACAUUUAGAUGAUUCCUGUAAAUAUUCUAGACAUUUACCCAGACUCUACUUAAACAUAUACUGAUCGUGGGCUGCAUAUCUCCCAUCUUUGUUUAAAAGAAGAAAUUCCAGAGGGUUUUCCCCUCUCUCUGAGGUUUCUUUGUUGGAAGUUACUAUCAAGAAGCCAUUUUAUUAUUAAGCUUAGUCACCUGCCAAAUGCGUUGCGCCAGAUUACUCCUUGAGGAGCUAAUGGAAUAACUUGUUGAGUAAGGAAUCCAUUAUACAGUGGAAUGAUUGCUGUUUUCUGAUAUAUAUUCCUAUAGACAUGAGCAGCUGAAUCUAGCAAGGACCUUUUCAUGUUGCACCUUAAAACCUCCAAGCUGUAGACACUCCAAACCAUCAAGUGGCUUUUAAACUGAGUGAAUCCUGUGUCUCAUGCACUGGUGGUUGGUUUUGACGUUGUUGCUAUUGGGGCUUUUGUUUCUUUGUUUGCUCCGGUGUUUGCUCAAUUCUAAUAAAACCAGGCACAAGUGAAAACGAUAAUGCUCCGAAAUGAAGGGGCCCUGAACAAGACUCUGUGUGUCACUAUAAUGGACUUUAACAUAGAACAUCUGAACAGAGAAUAGAUGACGCUAGAAUGUAUACUCCUCGUGUUUUAUGCCCUAUAAUGUGUUUUCUUAAUUUAAUUUCUUGUGGUGAAAUGUGACUUUCAGAUUAAAAUAACCUUUCCUUCUUUGAAACCCCUUUUUUUGACUUGUACAAUAAGAGCUUAGAAAGAUCCAUACUUCUGACCGAGGUUUGCAACCAGGAAAUACAAAGCAGUGUCAAUAGUAAUCUUGUUUAUGUGCUUUCAAAACCAGCUGCAGUUUAAGACUUUAUUAGUUAUGGAAACUGUGUAUGUUUGUGUAUGUGUAAAAACUAAAAUAAAAUAUAUGCCUCCACUAA